UCUGAUAUUAAGAACAUUGAACUCGUGCUUACGUGGUUUUUAAGAGCGAAUGUUUUCAAUUCAAGAACAACGUGCUUGUUUUAGCUGUGAACGAUUUGAUUUUAAAUAAUUUUACUGAGUUCCAGAGUUCCCGCCAACCAACCUGCAUCCCUGAAACGAUUUUAGCCAAUCAAGUGGGCCUUGACAAACUGUCAUGACAUUUGAAAGCAUUUGUCAAAUUAUUCCGGAGGCACUUGGAAAAUCAUAUUCAUCAUAUCCUUUUUAACGAUGGCGAAGAAAACUACUUACAAAAUGCCCGAGCGCAACUUGGAUCUACCUGCCGAUCUGGCGUUCGUGAGCAAUCUGCUCAAGGACCUUGGAUUGGAGGCGGAACCGUCGGCACGGGGAGUUAUCCUGGACCUGGCGUACACUUUGGCAAGGGACAAACUGGUGGAGGCCCAACGCUUUGCCACAAUGAGCAACCGUACCAACGUGGGUAUCGAGGAUCUGCAGAUGGCGGUGCCGGAGCGGAACGUCCCGCUGGAAAGGAACCCGAAGGAGAGUACCGAGAAUAUAAAGAAGAAGAUGGCGCAGCCGGAGCAGACCGACCAGCCGGGGACGAGUUCGAAGGUGAGCACGCAGGCGCCGAAGCUCUUGGCCAAGGAGGCCAGCCAGGAGCCGGGUUCGAGCAAGGGACCAAUGCAGCCCACCUGGCGCGAUGAUCAGGUGGGCCAGAAGGCCGAUCUGAAGACCACGGGCGCUGAGCAGGACAAUCCGAAGUCGAAGAUCCGAGCAGGGCCAUCAAAACCGGUGGCGCCUCCUGUCACUCCGACGACUUCCGGAGCUGGUCCUUCACAAAGGACUCCCUCGACGGCUAAGAAGCCACGUCUCAAUGCAAAGGCAUCCAAACCCGUGGUGCCUCCGGUCACCCCAACCACUUCUGCUGCUGCUCCUCCACAAAGGACUCCCUCGGCCGCAAGAAAGCCGCGCAUCACAGCAAAGUCAUCUAAACCCGUGGCACCUCCUGCGACUCCAACCACUACCGGAGCCGACCCUUCACAACGCACUCCCACGGUCGUCAAGAAGCCCCGUACCAGAAUUGUCCAGCAAAAGUAGACUAUGAACGAAA